AUGGCCAGCGUUGGCUGUGCAAAUGGCGCAUCGGCCGCAAGGUCGUUCAUCCAAAUCGCGAAGCGUGGCUACUCAACCGCCGCUGCGAGAUCAUCCGCUCCUCUGGAGUUUCUACUUCCCCGAACUGCCUCGACAACCCAUUGCCACGCUGCCUUUCUCUUACGGUCGACGAAAACUACCCGCACAGGCCGCGCGUCCUUGCGAGGCGCCCCGUUCAGCGGUGGUCUACGACAGUCGCAGAAGCGAACCUUCACGACGACAGUGUCGCGACAGGCCACAGUGUGUGUGCUUAACCCUCAAAAAGAUGAAGAUGGAAAUGAAAUGAUGUUGGAAAUUACCCCAAGAGCGGCAAAGCGAUUGUCACAAAUUAUGAAAAAGGACGACAAUCCCAAUCUCGCACUUCGCAUCCAGGUAGAAAGCGGGGGCUGCCACGGCUUUCAGUAUCUAAUGAGCCUAGUCACCAUACCACCGAAGGACACGGCAGAAUGGUCGACAGUUGUAAACGAAGACGACACCAUCUUCCAAUUCUCGGACGAAGCGGACACGACAAGUUCAUCUGAGCAUGGCCCUAGAAUUAUAAUGGACGAGCCGUCUCUGGAUCUGCUAAAGGGGAGCAAGGUGGACUUUACCAUGGAAUUGAUUGGGUCACAAUUUAAGAUUGUUGACAAUCCGUAUGCUACAAGUAGCUGUGGUUGUGGUACAAGCUUCGAUAUCAAGAUGUAG